AUGUCAAAUAGUGAUGAAAUUAAGCAUUAUAUUAGCGAAGAUAACAUUAAACUAGUUACUGAAAAAUAUUUUGGAACAGAAAAAGUGGUCGCGCACACGUAUUCUAUUGAGUUUGCUAGUAAACAUAUGUUAGGAUUUUUGUGUGAUUAUCUAAAAUUAAACAUUAAUGCGCAGUUAAAUAAUGGGGAGCUUAAAAAUCUAAUUUGCUUUAUAAAAUCUAUAUCCAAGAGCAAUAAAGCAAAAGCAGCUAUGGUACAGGACCUUAAACUGUUCGAUAAAGAAUUGAAAUUUUACACUGUAAUUAAGGAAAGAAUACAUAUAACAGGGAUAAAAUCAUGGAGUCCAGAGCUAAUACUUGGUUUAAAGGAUGCUAUGGUAUUUGAAAAUUUGAAUACUCUCGGAUACAGAGUGCGAAAUAAAUUAAAGACAUUUGAUAAAGCUCACACAUUACAGGCAUUACGAACUCUAGCGCGUUUACAUGCUUCAACAAUAAUUUAUGAAGAAAGAAAAUCAGAGGACCUCCACCUCCCAUACAGAGUCAAUGAUGAAUUUGAAGCAUAUUUAGAUGAAGGUGGAUAUCAUAUUUCCGACCCAUGGUAUAUUCAGUGUAUGAUUGGAGCUUUGGAAGUUGUUAAAAGUCAUUCAAAAUAUGCUAAAGAUGAUAUCGUUAUUGGUAAAUGUAUAGAGAAAUGGACAUAUGUUUGGAAAGCGGCUUUAGAUUUAGCUAAUUAUUCUCCAAAGUAUAGAAAUGUGAUAUGCCACAGAGAUUUGUGGAAUAAUAAUAUGUUAUUCCGUUACUCGACAGUUAAUGGGCUGGAAGUACCAGACGAUUGUUUAUUAGUGGACUUCCAAGCUGUAAGAUGUCAUCCUCCUGCUGGAGACAUAAUGCUUCUCUUAUAUUGCAACCUGGAGAGAGAUUUCCGUGAAGAAAACUUUAAAUUGUUCCUGAAUUUCUACUACGAUGCUCUUGAAAUGGAAUUAAUUAACAAUGAUAUAUUGAUAAGAGACGUCUUAACUUUUGAGGAACUUGACAAAUCAGCUGAAGAAUUUAGACCCUGGGGUCUUGUACUAACGGCUUGCCUGGUCCCACAAUUUUGGAUGGAUGAUGAGCUUACAACAAAAAUAUUCACUGAUUCUGCUCGAUUUGAAGAAAUACUUUCUAAGGAUAAGGCAAAAUUUAUGAGGACAAUGAUUGAUGAAGAUGCAAUUUAUAGAGACAAGGUAUUGGGAAUUUUUGAGGAAAUUGUAACAGAGUAUUGUAUAGAUAAUAAGGAAUUUUUAUGA